AGCCUCACCAUGAACCCCAUAUUAUCCCCUAGGGGAAAUAUCUGGAUCUUGGUUGCUUAUAGUACAACAGACCGAGUAUGCACCACGGUGGAGAAUGGCAAUCCGCUUCCCGCUGGAUCAGGCAUUCAUAGUUGGAAUAUGGCUAGAGGGCUGUUUUUAUGGCAUCUUCAUACCAAUAUUUGGAGCGAGUGUGUAUGUUCUGGUGGCGAAGAAGGGACUGUUGGUUAAGUUGAACCUGCCCAUAUUGAUCGCUGCAAUCCUCAUGUUCGCUCUCGCUACCGCGCAUGUUACGAUCAACGUGUACAGAUUAAUACACGGAUUCGUCCUGAAUGAGUCCGUGCCGGGAGCCGCCGUCUUAUAUUUGUAUUCGUUAUCCGAGCCGACGCAGAAGGCGAAAGAUAUCGUGUAUGUCACCCAGAGUUUACUGGGAGAUGGCUUGAAUAUUUAUCGCUCCUGGCUCAUAUGGAAUAAGAAUUGGCGGAUACCCGUUUUCCCGAUGUUAUUAUGGCUUACAACAUGUGUUGUCGGAUACUAUAUACCUGGCUAUCUUUUUCAGUUCUAUCAAACCGAUUCAAAUAUCUUUGGAUCACGCUACCGUACCUAUGUGACGAUAUGGUACACUCUAACAAUGGUUCAAAACAUUAUCACAACAUCGCUCAUUGCGUUCCGCCUCUGGCGUCAUGAGCGACAAAUUGGCGACUAUCGAACGGGCAACUUCAGCCUCACGUCAAUCAUCCAAAUCAUACUGGAAUCAGCCGCUAUUUACGUAGCCGCUCAAGUGGUCCUGUUGGUCACAUACGCUUGCAGUGACAACGCCCAGUAUGUGCUGCUGGAGAUCAUAACCCCACUCGUCGGGAUAGUAAGUCACCGGCACCUGCAAAAACACUGCAUCUAA